GAUUCAAAUAUAAUAUUCAGUUUUGCUGCUCAUACAUCAUCACCACCACUAUAAUAUUCCUUCUCUUACAAAAGGAAACUCCCCAUUGAAGUGCCUUUUUUCUCGACCCAUAACAUUCAUUAUUAUUAUUUCCUUUCACGUCUCCAAUGAUAAACUCACAAGGGAUGGUCUUAGCCACAGCCAUGGCUCUCUCUGGCACAGUAAUUGUUCUUGCUCUGCGUCUUCAGCGGUCAUUCAUACCUUCCCAAUUCCCCCUUCAUGAAAUUUCUCAGCCAUCUACUCCAAUUCUGCGAUCUUGCAUAUCCUCAGAUGAAAACAAGAGGGGGAAAAGGAAGAAGCAGAAGAAGAGGGUGCACUUUGCAGAUGAUGUGGUUGAUUCAUGUGGAAAUGGAGAAGAGUUUAGGAGGCAACAACGUGUAAAUAGAAACUCUUUCUAUUCAAAAUCAGAAUCCAAGGUUGAGACUGAGAAGAAUUGUGAUGUUAGAGGAAUGCCUGCUAAUAGGGUAGCCCUCUAUAAUGGAAUUCUCAGAGAUCGUGUGGCCCAAAGAUUGACUUACUCUUAUUGAUUUUUAUUUUUAUUUUUUAUAAAAAAAAUUCUGUGAAUAUUUGUGUGAUUAAGCCUCUCUCUCUUCUUCUUUUUCUUAUUCCUUUUAUUUUAAGUAAUUUUUAGAAAAAGGAGAGAGAAAUUAGAAACAGAGGGAUUAUUGGUGACAACAAAGUUCAAUAGUUGCAUGAUUAGGCUGAUUGAAUACAUGGUAGAUCCUCUUGCUGUGAAGAGGACUUUGUCAAUAGUUUCCUUAGGACUUCUCUUCAUGACUCAAUUUCAAAGCAACUUUUUUUUUUAUUAUUAUUAUUUGUACGCAACAGUUAACAAUGACCUGUUCUCUGUUCAUUUCCCUUCAAUUUGUGGUUAUAUCCUGACUUUUGAAUACAAAUAAUUUGUAUAAACAAAGAAGGAAGAACUGGAUUUGUGUGUU